AUGAACCAUUGGCAGAGGGUAUUAGGAGAAUUGGGAAUGAUUUCUGACUACUAUGAGUUUAUUGAAACGGGUUAUAGUGAUGAAGCUAGUCUAACAAUGAAUGUGUAUAUAGACCACGAAAAUGAAGUUGUACUUGAUUGGGCUGAUAUGGAAGUACUAGAAGAUGAUGAAGGGUAUUAUUCUGAGCCAGAUGUGGAUGAUGAUAAAGAUUCACAACUUUCUGAUGAUAUUCCAUAUGAGCAUGAAGCAGAUGGUUACAUUCCUUCUCUUGACAAGACUGUUGGUGAUGAAUUCUUACACCGGGUGUCAGGUAUUUCUAAGGAUAAAAAUGAUGAGCUUGAAACUGAUGAGGUUAAAACCAACAAUGGGGAUGACAAACCAGUGUACCCUAUCCAUAAUGAGAACCAGAAAUGGGACAAAAUGGUGCCAAUUCUAGGGAUUGGUAGAGGCUGUCAAAGAAAGAGUUCCAGCAGCAGAGCAUAG